CUUUUGGGGAAGAUGUACAAAGUAUCACCCCCAAAUCUGAGAGAAAUUAAAGGUCUUACACAUACUUGUAAACACCACAUCUCUUCCGACAUAUCCCUGGACUUUCCUUGACGAGCUUGGCUAAAUCGGUGUGUUGUGCCAACUUGAAAUCACACACAGAGUCAAGAGGAUAUUUCACACGAAUUCGACACGAUGACAACCGACGUUGGCAAGGAGAUCCUCAGCAUGAAGACCACCGUGUUCGGGCUGCUGAGGACCGUGCAGAAAAACAUGACGGAGCUGAGCACCAUCUCCGGCACCCUGGGGAACCUGGUGGGGCGCACCAAGCGCCUGAAAGCAAACAGAGCCACAGGCAGGGCUAGGAAAACUACCACCAAGGCAGGGAAGACAGCAGUGAUCAGCAACAAGACAGCUUCAAAAGAUGGAGACAGCAAUGCGUCAGGAGACGGACCGGUGGGAGACAAGAUAGUGGAGUUAACAAAGAUGACCGAGCAGAUGAACGAGUGGAUGAGGAAGAUGGAGGAGGAAACCAAGAGGCUGGAGAAGGAGAAUGCUCUGAUGUCACAGCAGCUGUCUAAGAUAGCUGUCCAGAGCUAACUGUUCUGUCGAUCGGCAAUGGCAAUAUUUCAUUAACUUUCAUGAUUCUUCUGGUUCUGAAACCAUAAUGGUGGGUGAUGUGGCUAGUCAUCUGUUUGGGCUUCCUACUCACUUGGAUUUACUGUAUCAGAAUUCCGGACAUUUUUUAAAUUUCCAUUACUUUCUUGAAAGCAUAACAUCCUGCCGCUUUAACUCUUUUUUUUUUACAACAACAUAUUUUUGUGUGGUCCAAGUGCCGUCACGUAGUUUACAGCUGAAUUAAAAUAUAGUACAAUAUAGUUAUCUUCAUCAGCUAUGCAAUCAAUACAAUAGAUUUUAUAAUGUUUACUGAGUAAAAAGUGAUGUUGCUGUACCAUA